GAAUAAGGGUAAUAUCUAGCGAAACGAUCGGUCAUUUUCGAAAAAAAUGUAAAUGUAUAUGCUUUAUAUAAACAAAUGUUCGCCUUCUAAUUUCCGUAUUCUCCAAAAAGUUUACGCUGUAUGUCCUACGCCUACCCUAUUCAACUUACGGAAACACUUAGAAGGCGAACAUUUGUUUAUAUAAAGCAUAUACAUUUUUUUUUCGAAAAUGACUGAUCGUUUCGCUAGAUAAGACCCUUAUUCUUCGUCUGGUAUCGUUUAAAGCCCUUUGAAGCUGCACUGAAACUGUCAUUUGGACCUUGAACCGUUUGGUGGCCAUUGAAGUCCAUUAUAUGGAGAAAAAUCCUGGAAUGUUUUCAUCAAAAACCUUCAUUUCUUUUCGACUGAAGAAAGAAAGACAUGGACAUCUUGUAUGACAUGGGGAAACACAGCUAUACUUCUGAUUGACUCAGAAGGAGCAUUGAUAUCCAUUGACCCUUCCAUGCCUGCAAACACUCCAAACAACUUAUAUAAGGUUAUGCCCCAUUCCACAAACCAAGGAGGAGAGAAGGAAGACAUGUUCCAGAACGUCCUGUCACAAGUGGCUGAGCAGUUCAGCAGGGCUUUCAGGAUCAAUGAGCUGAAGACUGAAGUGACCAACAGACUGGCCAUGCUGGAGAAGAGAGUGGAACUGGAGGGACUGAAAGUGGUGGAAAUUGAAAAGUGUAAGAACGAUCUGAAGAAAUUAAGAGAUGAAAUGACCUCUAGAGGAGGAGUGAGAGUGACUUGCAAUUGCAAAUAUAACUUUAGUGAUGAUGGGAAGAAACUCUCUCCCAGACGAGAUGUCCCGAGCUACCCAAAGUACACACUUUCUCAGGAAACCAUAGAGGCUCUGAAAAAGCCCACCUUUGAUGUAUGGCAUUGGGAACACAAUGAGAUGCUUAGCUGUCUGGAGUAUAUGUAUCAUGACCUUGGACUGGUUAAGGAGUUUAACAUGAACCCCAUAACUCUCAAAAGAUGGCUGCUGGCAAUUCAAGAAAACUACCGCGACAACCCUUUCCACAACUUCCGUCACUGCUUUUGUGUGAGCCAGAUGAUGUAUGGAAUGAUCCAUCUGUGUAACCUUCAGGAGAGGCUGACAAUGACAGACAUGUGUAUUUUGAUGACAGCAGCAGUGUGUCAUGACCUGGACCACCCGGGAUACAACAACACGUAUCAGAUUAAUGCCCGCACUGAGCUGGCUGUGCGCUAUAAUGACAUCUCUCCACUGGAGAACCAUCAUUGUGCUGUGGCCUUCCAGAUCCUCUCCAUGCCCGAGUGCAACAUAUUCGCCAAUGUAGAGCCUGACUCCUUCAAACAGAUACGACAGGCGAUCAUUACUCUUAUUCUGGCGACGGAUAUGGCCAGGCAUGGAGAGAUACUGGACUCCUUCAAACAGAAAGUGGACAACUUUGACUUUACUAAUGAGGAGCAUGUUAAAUGUCUGAAGAUGGUCUUGAUCAAGUGUUGUGAUAUCUCCAACGAGGUCAGACCCACUGAGGUGGCAGAGCCGUGGGUGGACUGUCUCCUGGAGGAGUACUUCAUGCAGAGUGACAGAGAAAAAUCAGAAGGUCUUCCUGUGGCUCCGUUUAUGGAUCGUGACAAAGUCACCAAACCAACGGCACAAAUUGGCUUCAUUAAAUUCGUCCUCAUCCCAAUGUUUGAGACUGUCAUGAAGCUCUUUCCACAGAUUGAGGAGAUCAUGGUUCAACCUUUGAGAGACUCCCGUGAUCACUAUGAAGAGCUCAAGCAGAUAGAUGAUGCCAUGUCAGAGGCACAGAAGAAGAAAACAGAAAGCAUGUCUUUGGGUGGAAAGAAGAAAUAAUCUACAAUCUGCUUCUUUUAUGGUAUCUCAGGCCGAUCCUGCUUUCAGUUUUCUGAAACUGAGGUUUUGAACUGUUUGGGCUCUCCAAGCACCCUAUUUCUGAAGGAGAGUGUUGGACCCCCUUCUAUGUAUUGAGACAUCAAGAAUGUCCAGAAAAGGCAGUCACCUGUAGUAAAGGAGGGGGUCAAAGUGACUAAUUCUGUUGAUUUUGGUGGUCUAAUUAUUCCUCACAGAUAUGUUUACACUGUUGAAAUGAAGUGCUUGGCUCUCAAAUAUUGUUUUACUGUCACAGUAAAAAAAAAUAAAUAAACACGUUUUGGAAGGUGCAGUCAAGAUUUGUAACUUGAAGAUGCUUGAUCAGAUAAUGGCAUUAUAUGACAACACAAACUGAUUUGUACUUUAGUACGUAUUGAUUUUAAUUCUGGCACUGAGUGAAUUUUGUAGGAACUGAUUUUACCAAAGCAGUUAAUAAUAGUAAUAACUCAGGAAAACAUGUUAAGCAUUGUUCCAACAGAAAACCUUACAUGUGAACAAAAAAACUUUUCAAAUCAAUAAAAUAUAAUCUUGAAACAUG